AUGUCUCUGGCUGACUCAUGUUGUACUUGUGCUACGCUCCUCUCGGACGCAAAGGUGCCCUACGACCCCGAGUCAGAGAAGUCGCUGCUGCACCACCGACAACUUGAUUGCUGCUCGCGAUUCAUAUGCGCGACAUGUCAGUAUAAGAAUCCCCGGUUUCAGGCCUACUGCCCAUUCUGUCAGAUAUCGUCCGGCCCAUCUGCACUACCUAGAGAUGGGCUCCGACUCCCACCCUCGUACACCAGAGCAGCUUCCAGAAGUUCGAGAAGGGGGGAAUCGCCACCGCCUUCAUAUGAUGAUUCGAUAGCCCCCAGGCGGCUGCCAGAGCAAAGCACGGGGCCGCCUGCGGACACUGACGAUACCAUCCAUUUCGUGGGAUCUGAAGACUCGUUACAAUCACUAUCGCUCGCCUACAAGGUGCCCAUAGCUGUCCUGCGACGUCACAACAACCUCUACUCUGACCAGCUCCUCGCCGCUCGCAAGUGGAUACUCAUUCCUAAAUCCCAUUACACCGGUCCUCCUUUAUCGACGCCACCAGAUGCAGAAGAGGAAGAGCGCAAGACAAAACUGCGGAGGUGGAUGAUCGCUACAAAAUGUGCGGACUAUAAUGUCGCCCAGCUGUACCUCAAGGGCAGUGAUUUUAACCUAGAGCUUGCUGUGGAGGCGUUCAAAUCGGACGAGGAAUGGGAGAAGAACAAUCCAUUGAAGGGGAAGGGGAAAGAUGCUGGGAGGCAUAGACGACCUUAUGGGACGGGUGGGAGCAUUUCUGGGCAGCUGUCGUGA